CUUAGUAUUUCUUGAACUCUCUAUUUGAGCUUUCACAGACUUACUGGAGUGGGCUUGUAAAGACAACAAGAAAUGAUACUUAGUUUUUGUGCUCUAGUAUUAGCAAUCUGGCAUUAUAUGUUUGCAUGAUGAAGGUUUGCAAUUUCAAUUUAGUGGAAUAUGAUAUAGUUUUAUUCACUAGAACAUAAAGAAGUCAGAGACAGAGUUCCAUUUUUCACUUGAUAUUCUAAAGAUAAUCAGCAGAUAACUGAAAGCAUGACAUGAAACACAUUCCUUAAACUUAGGACCUGAGUAUCUAUAUAAAAGGGUACUAUUAAGAUAUUCUUAAGUAAAAACUCUCUGAAAUAUAUCAAAACCAAGAAAUGGAGAAUCACAGGAAAGGAGGUUGAGUGGCAGUUUUACUUAAGAGCAGGCAUAUGCCAGUGCCUCCAUGAAAAGAAGAGACCCACCCAAGGGAAUAGCUAUCCUCUAUCCUUUUUUUGUUUUGCUGCUAACAAGCUCAGUGGUGUAUGUGCAUCUUCCUUUUGUUCCCACGCCUGCCUUUGGAUAAUCUCACAGCUAAACAGCCAGGGUCACUCGGUCUUAUCCUCCCAUAAUUACACAAAAAACCUUGGAUCAUUGCAGAGAUGGCACUUGUUGGAACUGAUCCGUACAGCCAAAGCGUACAGUUGAAAUGCUUCCCUCCUCUGUCUUUUUCCCUUCCAGCCCUGUGUUUUGGUUGCAUGGCAACCCAUCUGCCAUGAUAGCUGAUGUCAGCUCAUUUUCACUUAAACUUAGCCCAGGAAAGUUUUCAAGGAAGACAUUUGGGCUUGUAUAACGCUGGGGAAGGCUCGAGUUGUGUUACCGUAUCGUUUGUAAAAUUGCAGACUAAUGCGCUCAGGGAGGCUAAAUGGAAAUGUGGAUGUAAGAAGGGAUUAGCUUCUGGAACAGUGUGGCCUUAGGGACUUUGUUUCUAACUUCUAGGGGCUUAGUAAAUGUGUGUCUGCAGUAUUCUUUCUGCUGCUAAAGGGCUUUCUUCACUUUAAAAGGAAUAAGAAGUGUUCAAAAUUACCCUACCUCCUGAAAAUUAGAAUUUAGCCAAAUACUUGAUGUUGACUCCUUUGAAUAAAGGAUCACCAUUUUAACGAGAUGCAUAAGCAUCAGUUGGGAGGAAAGAGAGUAUUUUAUCAUUGGCAGGAAUUUUCUAGUGUAUAUAUUGACAAGUGAAAACACAUUAAAACUUCUUAUAUCCAGCAGAGGGCAGAAGGGAGUUUUAGCUAUGGCUUACCCAAGACUCUCCAAACAGAAUUGUGACAAUCCAAGGCAAAAUUCAGUGGCACUUUUGUAGACAGAUUAUCUCUAGGUUGUUAAUGCACAAGUUACCCUGAUUAGAUAGACAUGUCUUAGCUGGUGGGCUCAAAACCGGUUUUCUUCUGUCCAGGACAAAAGGAUACAUAGGAUUUUGAGUUAGUUGUGCCUAAGAGGAGGCAGCAGUGUGGUACUCAAAUAACAAUAUAGCUUUAAUAGAUUCAGAUCUUACUUACUAACCACAACACAGCAUUUCACAGUGUUUCUCACGUAUAUUUAUGGUAUUCUGAAUGCUAGAAUGAAAGAAUGUUUGAAAUAAUGAGUACACUGUUUCAUUAUCAAAUAUAUCUCACUGAAACUGACUGUUCUGACAUGUGAGUUCAUAAAAUAAUGAAAAUGAUUUUCACAACCUAACCUGAAUCUGAGAAAUCAAUUUUAUCCUUUAAAGCAAUAACCAAAACGUAGGGUGGUAGUAUUUCUUUACCUGGCAAAGAUGAGGUUAAUAUUAAAAGAUAAUGACAUUUGAGAAACGGAUCUUUGUCUUGGCAUUUAUAAGAACUCUCAAUCCAGAUUAAGUUUGGCUUAAAAAGAAAACAUAUUUUCCAUGCUGAAGACAGUUUUUGCUUGGGGAGUAGGUAGUAUCUUCUGUUUUGCUUAGAUAGUAUUUAGUAUGCUGGGUUUCUCGGGAAGCAGCUUCUGAAAUGGAGUUAGGAUGUUUAUGAGGCAGCACCCUUGGGAUCUACACCUGUCGAAGUGGGGAAGGAAGCAGGUUCAAGUAGGAGAAGCUGAGCUUCCCUGCAGGCGCAUCAUUCGCCACAGCCAGCCCCACUGGGAACUCAGUUUGAAUGGCCCUUCAGAGUAUCCUGAGCUGGGACACUCCCACACCAAUCAUUUACUGGAUGUGCACCUGCAACCCCCAUCCCAGCCACAGGACCUGACCUGGUGAAGACGGCCUUCUGCAGCUGAGACAAUCCUUAAGGGAUAGCAUUUAAGCAGCUGGCAUAAGUCCUUUAUUGAAGAGGGACCUGGAUGCCAUAUCACAGUGCAGAUAGUGUGAGAAACAGCCAAGAAGUCAGGUUUGCUGGAUGUUCUUUGUGGUGAAUUGUUGACACUAUAAUCUUGGCUGACUUACGGUUUUAAAAAGAAAAUGAUAACGUGCCAUAUUUCUGUGUGUAAGGAAAUGGUACUAAAUAAAAGACUUUUUCAUGGUUCAUGUGGUUUGGAAAAUAGGAUUUUAAAGAGUGAAAACGAGCACAAUUUAAUAAAUGAGCGUUAAAUUUUAAAGUAUAAUUGUUUUAGUUCAUUCAGGCUGUUAUAUCAAAGGACCUAGACUGAGUAGCUUAUAAACAACAGGGAUUUCUUUCUCGCCAUUCUGGAGGUCAAGAAAGCCAAGAUCAAGGUGCCUGCAGAUUCAUUGUCCGGUGAGGGACGGCUUCCUGGUUCAUAGAGGGCUGUCUUCUCGCUGUGUCCUCACAUGGCAGAAGGGGUGAGGAAGCGCUCUGAGGUUUCUUUUAUAAGGCUACCAAUCCCACUCAUGAGGGCUCCACUCUCACGCCUAAUCACCUACCACCUAUUAGAGGCCCCAGCUCCUAAUACUAUCACAUUGAAAGUUGGGAUUUCAACAUGUGAGUAGGGGGCACAAACAUUCAGAGUGUAACGAUAAUAGUAACAAAACACGUGCAUAUGGUUUAUUUGAUUUGGGAUUCUCCUAUGACGAGUAAACUAUGAAUUACAAUGAAUAAUGGAAUAUUAUAAUCAUUUGUGGUAGGUCUUUAUGAUCUUUGGGGAAACGCUGUUAAAUAAAUCACAGGAUGAUGCUGGUAGUUUGUCAGCUAAUCAAGCAUAAGCACAUAUAUAAUGAAGGAGGGAAAACGUAUAUGUUGUUUAUGGAACAAUCAUUUUAGUCUAGCCUUUAAGUAUUUAUGUUAAUUCAUUCUAUCUAUUAAUGCUAUCCACCUAUUAAUUUCAUGCAUUCGUUCCCUUAUCAUUUAGUCAUAGCUUCAAUUAUGUUCCUACUGCAUGUGCGGAGUCUUCUAUGCCUGCUUAAUACAUGAGACAUGGUUCUCAAAAGGACUCACAAUCUCAUCAGAAAUCACAUUCGUUAAUGUCACCGCCAGUUUAAUCAGAAACGUAUACAAUUCGGGAAGCUGUCACGCUCACGCCCACACUGAGAACCGCUGGUACAACGGAAAGUGAAGUGCGAAGAGCCUGGGGAAGGAAAACUGCUUUGGCAAGAGAUAAAAAAGGCCGAACCUCCUAUGAUGGCAGGAGAGAUGGAGAACAGGGAAGGAGGAAUGGUGCAAAAGCUAGACCAAAAGCUUCCAGUGGCUAAUGAGUACCUGUUGCUCUCUGGAGGUGUCCGGGAAGGCGUGGUGGACCUGGACUUAGACGAGCUUAAUGUCUAUGCCCGGGGGACUGACUAUGAUAUGGACUUUACCCUCUUGGUGCCAGCCCUCAAGCUGCAUGACCGUAAUCAGCCUGUGACACUCGACAUGCGCCACUCAGCCUUGUGCCACUCUUGGCUGAGCCUUCGGCUCUUUGAUGAGGGGACAAUCAGUAAAUGGAAAGACUGCUGCACCAUUGUAGAUCACAUCAAUGGUGCCACCAACUACUUCUUCUCACCUACCAAAGUGGCUGACUGGUUCUUUGAUUCUAUCAGCAUUGUCCUAUCAGAAAUACAGAAGAAACCCCAGCGAGGGAUGCCAAAGGUGGAGAAGGUAGAAAAAAAUGGGACCAUCAUCUCCAUCAUUCUGGGUGUAGGGAGUAGCCGCAUGUUGUACGAUAUUGUCCCUGUGGUGUCUUUCAAAGGUUGGCCUGCGGUGGCCCAGAGCUGGCUCAUGGAGAACCACUUUUGGGAUGGGAAGAUUACUGAGGAAGAGGUCAUCAGUGGGUUUUACUUGGUGCCUGCUUGCUCCUACAAGGGUAAGAAGGACAAUGAAUGGCGGCUGUCCUUUGCCAGGAGCGAGGUGCAGUUGAAGAAGUGCAUCUCCAGCAGCCUCAUGCAGGCCUAUCAGGCCUGCAAAGCCAUCAUCAUUAAACUGCUGUCCCGGCCCAAGGCUAUUAGCCCCUAUCACCUGCGGAGCAUGAUGCUCUGGGCCUGCGACAGACUUCCUGCCAACUACUUGGCGCAAGAAGACUAUGCAGCCCACUUUUUGCUGGGCCUCAUCGAUGACCUGCAACACUGUCUGGUCAACAAGAUGUGCCCCAAUUAUUUCAUCCCUCAGUGCAACAUGCUGGAACACCUGUCUGAGGAGACAGUCAUGCUUCACGCCCGGAAGCUGUCCUCUGUGCGCUCAGACCCGGCAGAGCACUUGCGCACUGCCAUUGAGCAUGUCAAGGCAGCCAACCGGCUGACACUGGAGCUCCAGAGGCGAGGUAGCACCACCAGCAUCCCCUCCCCACAGUCAGACGGAGGGGACCCCAACCAGCCUGAUGACCGUUUGGCAAAAAAACUGCAGCAGCUAGUGACUGAGAACCCGGGAAAGUCCAUCUCUGUCUUUAUCAAUCCUGACGAUGUCACAAGGCCCCAUUUCAGAAUUGAUGACAAAUUUUUCUGAGUGUUAGCUGACUUUUUUUUUUUUCCCUGGUUCUUAAACUCUGAUAAUGUGUCGUGUUGGUUUAUGAUGCUGUCUUUCUGUUUUUUACAUAUCCAGCCUAGAUUGGAUUUGUUAAGAACAAAUUUUAAGUUUCCUGGUUCUGCAGGAUGGUGCAGGCUCUGAAACAGUAUAUUACUAUUUCAUAUUCUGCUUCUGAUUUCAUUGUUUACUUUUUGUAGUUAUUGUCAUGCUCUUUAGUUUGUUGGAGUUUUUUUUCUUUUUAAGGAGAUCUUGAGCCAUAGAUGAAAAUGCCCAUGAGUCCUCUUGCUGUUUUCUGUUUCAUGCUUGGUGCAGAUUUGUUCAUGGGUAUGAGGAAACAAAUCUCUGAUGCUUAACGAUUCUAUUGUAUUAUUUUUAUUAUUUUGCUUUUGUCUUUUUUUCUUGCGAGCUUUCACCACUACUGAUAUUUGAGAAUCAUAUGAACCUGGGAACUACCUGGCGUGUUAGCUGGAUUUAUUUAUUUUGACCAGUGACCAGAGUAGCUUCCCCCUUUUCCACCAAACAAUGUAAACUUUGAAAGUGAUAAUACUACAAAUUGUGUUUUGGAGCAACUUCAUUGAAUGUAAUUGUCCUCAAAUCAGAGAACACUGGGUGGUUGGAAGGGUGUGUUUGAGUUUUCCAAACAGAAUUACGGUUUCCAAAUGUUAGUUUUAGCAUAUGUAAUUAUUUGAAGCCUUAUUUAAAUCCUGUUAAAGAACAUACCAUUAUAAUUAUUAUUUGCACUAAUCUUUGCCAUUGUCAGAACUGCAAAGUGUGUUUCAGUAUAAAUUAACAACCACUCUUGAAAUUCUAUCAUUUUUUCAUUUUGCCCAUUUCUCUCGAUCAGUGGAAUGCUUCUUUGCAUUUGCCUCGUUCUCCUUCAAUAGUGGGGUCCUGUUUUACCCUCUUUGAUAUUCCUGAUUCCUGUCUUACUGAGAGAAGUUUUUAAAGCUUUAUACAUGUUGACUCCAUCUAAAGCUGGGGAAGAUACAUACUGGAUAAAGUAGGUGUCUUUGUAUUUAUUCCUUUUGGGGUCGUCGAGGUAAGCUUUUUUUGUAAAGUCUCUAACUCUUCCUGAGAGUUUUGAGGAAAACUGGCGGGAAGAACUUAUAAUCCCCAAAUAUAAGGUACCACGUUUGUUCAAAAGCAGGUAUUGCUAUAGAGCAGGAACCAGGAAAUAUCUGUGGGUGCAAUCCUUGGUCUAGAGGUGUCCUGUCUUCAUGAAUGAAGUUACUUGCCUGAUUUCGGUGCUGUAAGGCAUUGGCUCCCUGUUUUCAUAUGGACUCAUGGCAAACUGGUGUUUAAGAGGUCAGGAGGCCUGCUGAUCUUUCAAAGGACACCCAUGAUGUCUACUCAUGGAAAGGUCAAGCAACGUGUUCAUUUUGGUCUUGAAUGUCCAAACUCAUGGGUUGGAUUUCGGCCAAUUGAAAUCAGACAUAUGCGAUCUUGGGUUUUUGCAUGGAAAUUAAUGUAAUGCUUAUAAAUGAAAAUGAAAACAUUCAACCAUCUAAGUCAAACACAAAAAUAAUAAUAAAAAAGGAAACAUACUGGCCUUGAAA